UAUUGUAUGUUAUCUGACGUGAUCACAUGAUCGCGUCUGAAAUUGAUCAACUUUGACCGACACCGAGGAAGGAGCUUUCGAAUUUAAUCAUUUUUGCAUUCAAUGAUGUUUCCACAAUUAUCUGUAUUCUUCGCUAUCCUUGCCGCAGUUCAUGCCAAUGGCGAAUUCCUCAUUCUACAUGCACCAGACAGCAUACAAUUCACUAAAAAUGGAGAAAUUGAACAGAGUAGUCUCAAGGAGAUUUUGUCGAUGGUUCUUGGUUAUACUCCUGGAAAGCAGAGAGAUUCAGAAUAUAACAUUAUCAUAUCGAAUCCGUUUUCAUUGCCCAAAGCAUUGGUUGCUAUAGUCUUUGAAGGAGUAGAAAAACUGCCUUACUUAAAAGACAAUGCAGAAGCUACAUAUCCUCUGAUUUCUGAUGAAGGAGAAGAAACCUGUUGGCAAGCGAUUAGAAGCAGAGUGGAGGAACGAAGCAAUGACAACACGUUGGUUAGGAUUAACUUGAGCGAUGGAGUUGAUGCUCUCGGUCAGUCAGCUCUUGGCGAGCUUAAGCCUACUAAAAUGGAGAAGUUGGAUUUUCUGAAUUUGGAGAUUGAAGAAGAUCGUAAAUUUGUCGAGGAGAUGCAGCUUCUGUGUGCUAUUGGUGACAAUGCAUUUUCUGCGAAGAAGCACGAUUCUGGUACAGAUGUUUAUUGGUUGAUAGUAUCGACAUUGAGAUCACUCUGGGAUCGGCAUGAAAACAAUUCUACAGUUAAGGAGGAGGCGUACAAGUUGUUAAAUCGCGUGAUAGAACAUGUUUCCAAGGGCUUUGUAAACACUUAUGAUGGCAAGAUUGUCAUUGCAUCUUUCACAAACGAUGCUUGGAAAGCGAGGAAUGCACGCUCCGUUCUUGAGAGAAAGCGCAGAGAUACCCCGGCUGAUAAGACUAAAAAUGUUAAAUCCACUGCCAAAGGAGCGCCAAUUAGUUCAGACAUUAACGAUAAUUUUUUCAUCAAGCGAGCCGGCGAGCAAGAUGAGCAAAAUAAUAAAAUGGACGAAGAGGAGAAAUAUAGAAUGAGUAGUACUAUCGAGUCCAACACUGUCGACAGCACUACUGAACGUACGGGCGUUCAGGAUAAUAGCGGAACGUCGGAAAAGUCCGACGGAGUUAAUAAGGAGUAUAAGAUAAAUACUAAUACACAGACAAUAGGACAGCCUGAAUUUUCUGGCCGUGCGAAGGUUUACACGGAAAACUAUCCUGUCAUAUUCAACAUAAUACUAUGGUUCGGCGUGGUUUUCGUCUUCUCACUCUUAGCUAUUUGUAUCGCCAUUGCCAAUAUGGAUCCAGGACGAGACUCUAUCAUUUAUAGGAUGACGUCGAACCGAAUGAAGAAAGAUAAUUGAGUGUAAAUACAUAGUAAUAUAUAUAUAAUAUAUAAAUAACAUGAUUUUGUAACAUAUGUUUCUGUGCAAAAUGUUGCUUAUCGAAGCAUCUAUAUAUGUAAUUUAUCAAUUUUAAUUCGACUGUGUUCAAAA